AAGUGUAAUACCUUUUUGAAGGAUUAAUACUUGUGGUAGUUUAAAUUUUUAAAGAUAGUUUUGUUUUGGCAUUAUCUAUUUCCAGAACUGUUCAUCACUUAUGUUAGUCAUAAGUUAGAAUUAGUUACAAAAUUCUUUAUGUUCAGACUUAUGAAAGAGGUGGCAAAAUAUCCUUCAAGUAAAUAAUAAUCCAUAUAUUACUAGCUUUUUUUUUUUUUUUGCAGUGUUUCAGGAGAAAUGAUUUUUUAUAAAAAUAUCCCAGUAGUUAGUUAUACCAACAAACAUUUUUUGUAAGCCUAGUUUACAUGCAUCAGUAUACCUACAAGGCUAAAACUCUAUGCUAAUUUACUUUUUGAACCUUUUAAUGAGCUCCAGUCAGAGCAUCAUUAUUACCCAAUUAUAAAGAUGCUUCCAAUCAUGUGGUUUCAUCUGCAUGCGCUACAAGCUGUUGUUUUUGUUACUGCCAGUGUUUUUAUAGUCACUGAUUUUGUCAAAUUUUCUGGUGUUUUAGCUACAAUAUUGUGGUAAUUAGAAUGGGAGAGGGGUGAUACCAUGAGUUACCGUGCUGAGUAUUACUAACUUUUUUAAUGUGCUUUUUGUUCGUCAGUUGUAGGAGAGAUCACUGUGGUGUUCGAUUUUCAUAUUAAAUAAAAUAGUUAAACUAUAUUGUAAAAGUUUGUUUUGGAGUGAUUCUAUCAGUUAACAGCUUUUCCCAUCUUACUCUUUGAUUGCGGAUGACACAGGACCAGGCAGUGUUUCGUUCUGUUGUACAUAGGCUUCCUGUGAGUCGGAACUGACUCGAUGGCACCUAACAACAACUCUUUGAUGAAGUUUCCCCUCUCUGGCUGAAUGAAAGUUUAUCCUCUCAGACAUUGUCUUAACACAGAAAGGGUUAAUUACUACAAAGCUGGGAGUUUCAGGUCAUGUACACAGAUUAAUGGCUGGAUCCAUGGCAGGUAUGACAGCAGUUAUCUGUACUUACCCUCUUGACAUGGUUAGAGUCCGCCUAGCAUUCCAGGUGAAAGGGGAACAUACCUAUUCAGGAAUUAUUCAUGCAUUUAAAACAAUUUAUGCAAAGGAAGGUGGUUUCCUUGGAUUUUACAGAGGUCUGAUGCCUACUAUAUUAGGAAUGGCUCCAUAUGCAGGUGUUUCAUUUUUUACUUUUGGUACCUUAAAGAGUGUUGGGCUUUCCUAUGCUCCUACCCUUCUUGGCAGACCUUCAUCAGACAAUCCUAAUGUCUUAGUUUUGAAAACUCACAUAAACUUACUUUGUGGUGGUGUUGCUGGAGCAAUAGCACAGACAAUAUCUUACCCUUUUGACGUAACUCGUCGACGAAUGCAAUUAGGAACUGUUCUGCCAGAAUUCGAGAAGUGCCUUACCAUGUGGGAGACGAUGAAGUAUGUCUAUGGACAUCAUGGAAUUCGAAAAGGAUUAUAUCGUGGUUUAUCCCUCAAUUACAUUCGCUGCGUUCCCUCUCAAGCAGUGGCUUUUACAACAUACGAACUUAUGAAGCAGUUUUUUCACCUCAACUAAAAAAAAAAAAAAUCCUGGUUUUUGUUUUUUUUUUUCCUUCCUUGAUACACUGUCAGAGGGAGAAAUAAAAUGUUACUUUAACUUUGGGGGAACAUUACUUGAAGGGGAGUAUUUAUCCUGUCACAGGAACCACUGGUAUUUUAGUACUUGAUUGUUGUUUUUUUAAAAUAUUUUUUUGUCACAAAUCAAAAGCACUUACCAUACUUUUUGAUGCCAAAAGUUAUACUUUAGCACAUUGGAAAAAGAAAAUUCCUAAGCUGAUGCUGGCUAAUCAGUUAGGUUAUUUGAAACCGUUUUAAAGUAUUAUUUGGAAGUAAUACUAACUUCAAAACGGGUUUCAAGAGGUUGCCAUUAGCUUUAUCAUGCUGUUCCAAGCUUUUAAUUAUGAUUUUUUAAAAGACUACAGCAUUGUUUACUUUUAUUAAAAUAAACAGGCUUGGUUAUAUUGCAGCCGAAAGAUGAGAACUGAUGUGUUAAGUUCUAUAGAACAUAGUUUAAAACCAGCUUUGCAGUAUUCUUCUUCUUAUUUUCCUUUUCAUAAUUCUCCACUGGAUAAAAGGGUAAAUGCUUUUUUUGUCUUCAUUUUUUAAAAUAAAGUAAUAUUGUGUUUAAAAAGUAGCCAUGUAGAGUUUCAACAAUAAAUGAAAAAUUUUCAGAUAUUGCUCAAAUGGUACCCCCAGGUACGAUGGGUGAUUUGCAUGUAUCUUUAAAAGUCAUUAUUUCCCAAAGGCAAUAGUAAUACUGAUUAUCUUUGCUUACAAAAACAGAGUAGCACUAUAUAUUUGUUUUUGUUAGAUAGUUUGGUGUAUAUUAGAAAGUUUAUUUAAGUGGACUGUGAAAUAUCCAUUAAUGUAGAUAUGAAUGUCAAAGAAUGUUUCUAAGGCAUAUGUCAUGACACAUCAACUAGUUCUUCCAUGUAAAAUAAUUUUAGGGCAAUAUAAAUGUAAGUAAAGAUGUAAAAUAUGAUUUGAAUUGUUAACUUUUAUGUUAAGAAAGUGGUUUAAAAUAUAAGAAUUCCAUUUAUUGUUUUUACAGUACUUUUUAUGUUUUAUUAUAAGCAUGACAGAUAUGGGCGGGGAACAAUAAUAGUUCUGUCCUCAGAAAUAUUGAUUUGUAGAAUUGAUGUGGUUUUUUAAGACAUUAGUUCACCAAAGUUCAACAAAGUUGAACUAAAUAGAAAACAGUGUAUAAUUUCUGCUUUAAUUUUAUUUUUGCAUAAAAUAUUUCUUGUCAUAUCUUGGUAAAAAUUUGAUGAACUGGCUUCAUUUCAAAGUCUUUAUUUUAAAAUAAAUGUGUAUCUUUGUAUGAUUUUAAGUAUACCAACAGGUAGAAACAUAUGUGUUCCUAAAACUAUUUUGUAUAUUUUCAUUUCUGGGCUACACUGUAGCUAAAUAUUGUUAUCAAAUCUUAAGAUAAUUUAAAUGUAUAAAAUAAGUAUCUUAGUCAUGUUAUCAGUGGAAGGGGACUGCAAAUAUUUUUUUAAAUAAAAAUUUCCACCCUGUUACAGAAUACAUAGGAUAAUUAUAAAUAAAUUUUAUCCAUGUUUCAACAAUUGUUUCUUUUAACUAUUUACAUUAUUGAAGCAUAAGUUCUAAAGAUAAGAAGUUAGAAUGGAAGAAUAUUUAAAAUAAUGACUGCAUUUAUAUGUGAUUUACUUCAGAUAGAUAACCCAACAUCUUGCCAGGUUAUCUUCCAUUCGAAAAUGGACUAUUUCUUCAUUUAUUGUUCUCCAUUGUUCCUCUUUUACUGCUUUUUGGUGGGUGUGGUCCUCUGGUCUGUAGAAUGGGACAGUGGUGUGGUCUAGGGAUUGAUAAGUGAGGUACCAUUUCUAGGUCUCAGUGGUUACCUAUAUAAAGGUGGAGAGGUUACUGGGUAUAUAUAAUAUAUAAUAUCUUGCCCCAUUCUGCCCGGUGUACUGGACUUCCAUUUAUUCAACACCAAUUGUGUGCCAAGCAUUUUGUCAAGCAUUGUGGGGUACUUCUCCUGGGAAGCCUAUUAGCUGCAUCCACAGUCUGAUUUGGAUACCAGUAAUAUCUCAUGCCAAGUAUUUCUCCAGUAGUGUAUGUACCACACUUUAUGGUAACUGCCUGCCCGUUUACCUAUAUCUUUCCCUCUGGUUUCCUCAGGGACAGAGCCAUCCUUAGUCUCUAGGGAGGAGCACAGGGUGUGACACCAUAAUAGGUACUCAGUGAAUGUCUACUGUUGGGAAGAAGAAAGGCUAGGUCCCUGUUUUUAGAGACCUUAUAUCCUAGUAGGGGGAAAUGAGGCACAAAUAGUCCAAGAAAAGAGCAAUUUAGAAAUAAAGGCUUUUGGUUUGUUUCACAGAGAUGUCUUGUUGCUAAUUUGAGCCAGGAUGAGUGGCAAAUAAUAUAUAAUAAAAUAUACAUUAAAUAAUAAAACGUAUUAUCCAAUAUAUAAUUGUAAUACACAAUAUAUACAAUUAUAUAUGCAAUAUAUAAUUAUAGUAUGUAAUUAUAGAAGUGGGCCAAUAAUAUCUGACAUACUUGUAUAGCAACUGUACACUCUACACAGUUCCUCACAUCCAUUCAUACUUUCUUCUCCUUCACUAGACAAAUAUUUACUAAGUGGCAGACACUGUUAGGCACUAGAAAUCAAUGACAAAUAAUAAUAGCCAUGUGUAUUCCCUGAAUACUUACUAUGUGCCAUGCCUUGUUUUAAGCACUUUCGAUACAUUAACUUGAUCUCCACAACAAUACUACACGUAGUAUAUUCCUUUUUUACAGAUGGCGUAAUCAAGGACCAGAAAGAUUAAGUAACCUGUGCAAGGUCACACAAUAAGUGGUGGAUAUAGGAUUCAAAUCUAGCCAAUCUGAAUCUAGAGCCUAGUCUUCUAGCCAUGAUGCUGUACUCAACAUAGUAGUACCCUGUUUAGAUGAAACUAUAAUAUGUUAAUACAUUUGAACAUUUCAGUAAACAUAAACCUAUCAAUAAAAUGAUUACAGUGUGUGGAAGGUGCUUAUGAAGGAAAUAAAUAGAUUAUUAUGAUAGAGAAUAAUGGUAGGGUAUAAGGAUCAGGGCGGUAUUUUGAAAUGGUCAAGGAAAGUUUCCUUGAUGCACUGGACCUUAAGCUGACACAUGGAGGAUGAGAAGAAAACAGCCAUGAAGAGUUGAUGGGGAAGAAUAUCCCAGGUGAAGAGAACAGCAGAUGCCAAAAAUUCUGAAACAGGAAAAAGCUUGGUUUGACAUAGGAAUUUUCAGAAGGUCAGUGUGAAUAAAGCAUUGUGAGUAAAGGAGUAGCAAUGGAUGGGGUUGGAGAAGUAGGCAAGGACCAGAUCUCAUAUAGAAAUCUGUGGGAUAUGACAGUGAUUUUGUCUUUUACUCUAAAUGCAAUGGGAGGCCAUUGAGAGUUUUCAAUAGGGAAGUAAAAUUGUCUGAUUAUGUUUUUACAGAGAUCACUCUGCUUUGUCAACAAUGGCUUGCAGGAAAAACUAAUCAAUAGAAGUAGAAAACAAACAAUAGAGAAAAUUAACAAA